AUGAACAUAACUGUGUCGCCCAUGAUAAUCAUACGCAAUUUUCCGUUAAAGAUGGGCGGCCACUAUCCUUACAAUCCUCAUCUCUACCACCCUUCACAUGUACAUAUGUUUUCACCCGGGAGCCGUAUGUUGCAUCAAGAGAAUCAGCCAUCGGAUGACGGCGACCAGCCGGAUACCGAUACGCCAUUACGUUUCAGUGUCGAUAACAUCCUCAAGCCCGAGUUCGGCCUCAAAGCUAUUCUCGACUCGAAGACGCCGAAAGAAACGUCCGUACGAUGUACGAACAGGCACACAACGGUACAAACUUCGGGUAACGCGCUUUCACUUCCGCGGGAUCUAAGCCUACCGUCUACACGGCUGUCACCGCCAUUACCUAAUGCAACAAAUUACACAACCCGAGACAAUAGGGACACUUUUUCGACGCAUAGCGGAUUGGCGUCGCCUUUACAAAGGCAUAGCUCAGCUGGACUCAGCAGGAGCGGUAGCGUAGAAAGUCUCGCGUCCAACCGGAGUUCAGUAACCAAUAGCUCGGUCACCAGACCGUCAUCCCUUUGCUCAGCGUCGUCCACUAUUAGUGGCGAGUCUUUGAAUGGCGAAAGCGCGCAGUCCAGUAGCAACGGCGGUAUCUCAACGAGUCAGAAUUCUACUAACGGACAGAGCUUGUGGCCUGCGUGGGUGUACUGCACCAGAUACUCCGACAGGCCGUCUUCCGGACCGCGUACGAGGCGAGUGAAACGUUCGCAGAACAGUAAGAAUAGCACGCCGGAAGAGAAGCGGCCGAGGACGGCCUUCAGCGCCGAACAACUGGCGCGUUUGAAGCGGGAAUUCACGGAGAAUCGAUAUCUCACGGAGAGGAGGCGACAGCAGCUUUCGCAGGACCUGGGCCUGAAUGAGGCGCAGAUCAAGAUCUGGUUUCAGAAUAAACGGGCGAAGAUCAAAAAGGCGAGCGGACAGAAGAAUCCGUUAGCACUUCAGCUGAUGGCGCAGGGCCUCUACAAUCACUCCACCGUGCCGGUGGACGAGGACGGCGAAGAGAUCGUAACCGGAAGGAAUCCCUGA